AUCCACAGACAGACCUUGACGGCCAGGCGUAUCGAUAGUACGGGGCUCAUUAGUAUUUUCGCACGGGCGAGUGGUCCCCCUCCCUUGUCAAACAAGCCUGCCGCGUACGCACCCACAGAAGAAAACAGCACCGCCCGGCUGCUGGGAAAACCAACCCUCACUUUACGCUGCGACAAUCUCCGCCCCCGAUGAGGCCGCCCUCACCUGCGAGAUCGUGCGCCUCCGACGCUGCGUCAACCUCGGGCGCUGGGAAGAAGCAGCUCCCACCGCCGCCCAGUAACGCGCUGCUUGGCAGGAGCUUCUCUUCGUCCGACUACACCGCCGCAUCGCCCAUCUUGGGAAGACGAAAGAACGCGCCAUCCCAACUGCGACCACUCUCCUGCAACAACCUGCAGGCGGUGGUGCAGCAGGCUGAAGAAGAGGCAGUCGCUCAGUCUCGUCGUCAGAUUCAGCAACAGCAACAAUUGGCUCAGGCUCAGGUUCAGAGUCAAAGCCAAGGUCAAGCGGGUGGGAACAGCGGAUCUCAGCAAGGCCAACAGCACCACCAUCACCAUUAUCACCACCACCACCACCACCACCAUCCGCAGUGCUGGAAGAACCCUGGACACCGAUGCGGGAGCGUACCCCCGUCGCCCAUGCCUGGGGUUUUGAGCCCCGCUCCCAUUACUCCUUUGAUCACAAGUCCGAUGGCAGUCAAUCCUAUGCCGCCUGCCCCUGGAGGAGGAGGAGGAGGAAGUGCGGCUGCCCAGCUCAUACCCGGUACUCCGAUAACAAUGAGCGACCUGGACGACACCACCACCCUACUGGGCCGAUCGCCGAUGUCAGAGAAAAGCGGUAUGGUCGGUGCCUUCACAGGAGUGCCGGCCAUAGUGGGGCCAACUGCUGGCGCGUUCCCACACUUGACGCGUGCAAACUCGGCCAGCGCUAUCGUUACUCCAAGCGCCAAUCCCAAUUAUGCGCGCAUACAUGAGAGCAAUAAGCGACGGUUGAUCAUUUUGCGAGACGUGUUUAUGACGACCCCCAAAGGCCAUUUCGAAGCUUGCCAGGAAUUGAAGGAUUGGUGCAAUGAUCGGAGAGCGUAUGCGGCCGAACUUGCGCCGGAAUUGGAUCUGACGUUACGGAUGACGGCCGAAAUGGGUCUGAUGGCUGGUUACGAUGAAGUAAAUGCUCUGGAAGUUUUCAAGGUCGUCAUGAAGCACAAAUCGUUCAUGGGACCUAUGGCUGCUGAAAACUGCAAACUAUAUAUGCGCGCUCUGGUGAAUGCCACCCGGGAGAAAAAACCGCCGGCGCAGCCACAUCAAACGCAAUCGCAACAGCAACAACAACAGCAGCAGCAGCAGCAACAGCAACAGCAACAGGCUGAAUCACAUCAACCUUACUCUAUGUCAGCGUUGACAGGCCGCUUCCCGUUCCCCUCCUCUAUGAGCAGCCUCGGCCCCGCCUCAUUUACUGGCCAUGGGGCGCCGCAACAUCUACACCGCCGAGGAAGUUUACCAGCCAAUAUCCUAAUGAUGAAAGAAGACCAUCCGUCGACACCACUGAAUGCUUUCCCGAACAUCCAUUCGCCUCUUUCGGACUGGACGACGGACGUCCAUGAGAUGACUCGGGAGACGUCGACAGCAGCCCAAAUGAACGCAGCCAACGAAGCCGCAGCAGCCGCCGCCGCUGCGGAGAUGUUCCUGAGCCCACCUGAAGACAUGAAUACAGCUUGCGAUUCUUCUUCCCCUGCCAUGUCACAUGCCUCCCACAAUGGUGGCGAUGGCUUGAGCGAGACGCUAGGGAGAUCUAAUUCAAACACCUUGGACACGACGCUGUCCCCUGCCAUGUCAAUGUCGAUGCCGAUGAGCAUGUCGAUGUCCAUGCCUGUAUCAAUGCAAUCGUCAGACCAAGUGUCGUCCAUCACCGAUAACCCCUACCUGACUUUCCUCGAAAAUACGUACACCAAUGGAGGCGGGAACGGUGACGAAGUCGACACGGACCCUCUGCAAGGAAUGCAAAUGCUACCAUCCUCCUCGCCCAACCAAGGGAACGCGCACCCCCCGUCGACAGUCAUGGACGACGUCAAUUCGUACUCGGACGAUCUCAGUUUUGGCGGCCUCGUCGGCUUCCCCGACGCCAACCUCCACAGCCACUCCCACUCGCACACCCAUACGCAUGUCCACGGCGGACUUGCGGGACACCAGCACCACGCUCAAUCGCCGUUGAUGGGAGGUGCGGGCAAUGCGGGUGUGGGAAACGGACAGGGAGACGAUGCGCGAGCGAGCUUCUUAAAUGCUAUGGACUCGGUGUUUGAGGAUCAGCUUUGA